AUGGGGUUGGAUAAAUCAUAUGUGGACAGAGUAAGCUUCAAGAAGGACCUUUUCAAAGGCAAAGUGGUGUUUGUUACAGGUGGUGCAGGGACAAUUUGUAGGGUUCAAACUGAAGCAUUAGUGUUAUUGGGUGCCGAUGCUGCUAUCAUUGGUAGAAACCCAGAAAAGACUGAAACUGCAGCUAAAGAAAUUGGUCAAUUGAGAAAUGGAGCUAAAGUUAUUGGGAUUGGUGGAACUGAUGUUCGUAAUGUCAAGAGUUUGAAAGAAGCUGUUGAUCGUACUGUUCAAGAGUUGGGAAAAAUUGAUUUUGUUAUUGCUGGUGCAGCUGGUAAUUUCAUAUGUGAUAUCAAUUCAUUAUCUUCAAAUGCUUUCAAAUCAGUCAUUGACAUUGAUCUUUUAGGAAGUUACAAUACAGUUAAGGCUUGUUAUGAACAAUUGGUUAAGAACAAAGGUGCUGUCAUUUUCGUUUCAGCAACACUACAUUAUUACGGUGUUCCUUUCCAAGUACAUGUUGGAGCUGCCAAAGCGGGUAUAGAUGCAUUGUCUCAAACUCUUGCAGUGGAGCUAGGACCUUUAGGUGUUAGGUCAAAUAUUAUUGCCCCAGGGAUAGUUGGCGAUACUGAAGGUUUCAAAAGAUUGAGGAUGGGUAGUACUUUAGAAGAAAUAACAAAAAGAAUCCCAUUACAAAGAGCUGCUACAACUGAGGAUAUUGCCAAUGCUACAGUCUUUUUAUUUAGUCCUGCCGGAAACUACAUUACGGGUGAUAUAAUGGUUGUUGAUGGUGGUCAAUGGCACAUUGGUACUGGAAUGUCAGCUAGUGGUUAUCCAGAUAUGGUUAAAAAGAGAUCCUUAGGUCCUUCAAAGUUAUGA